AACAUUAACGAGAUCAAAUAUAUUUCGGAUGCAAGUGCUUUUUAAUUUAGAUAAAGAACAUAUUAAAAUGGAAGCGAUGAUGUUUUGUAGUAGGGCUGGCUCAACAGAUCCGAAUAGUGUAAGAAUUCCGCAAGCAACAAUGGAUGUUUUGGAGAGAAAUGAAAAUCCGGAGGAUAUAUCACAUAUUGCCGAGGGUGGAAUGAUUUCUAUUGAAGAAUACAGAAUGAUGUUACAAUGA